AUGUUUCGGUUUCCUACCUUAGCAGUUGAUGAACUUCCCCUCCCGGACAUUGAACGUGUUUUCCACCUCACCCAAGCUGAUCACACGGACUGGAGCCAGUUCCAGACACCGUUUGAGAUUCCCGAGAACUCUAGGUCUUAUCUCAGUACUAUUGACACCUCAAUUUCUAACUCGGAUGGGAUACAUGAGAUUGCGUUGCAACAGCGUCUGGUCAUGCUUCUCACUGCUGUCUAUUCCGCUGCCCCCAAAGACCCUCGCUUCCCUGGUUUAACCAAGAUUCCUAUCUCCGGCAAAUGGAGAUUUUCAUUCCAGCCGAUUGUCUAUGAGGGAGAACUGCGCUGUCUUCAGGGGUCCCCUGAUUACUCGCUUUGGUAUCAUCCCGGCGCCGGGAAACAAAGCCUAGCCGUCAGUCUUAUUAUUCUGGAAGCAAAAAAAGGCCAAUCUGCCCUUUGUGUGCCCCAGGCCCUUGCCUAUAUGGGCAUGAUUCAUACACAGCGUCGGUAUGAGCAUAUGAUUGAGCAUACAGUUUUUGGUCUCUCAACCGAUAAUAACCAGUUCCAUUUCCUUCAAAUCAAUACCCACGGCGAGUGGUCUCAACUAGACUUAGACUAUUCCAAUCAUCGUCAGGAGAUCGUCGAAACUCUUGCCUAUUUCCACAGACAGGCCUCUAUACUAUCGACCUUGGCUUACAGCAAUGGAACUAAAGAGAACCACUCGAAAUCCCAAGUGGAGGGUGCCCUUCUUGCAACGGAGGGCUCGCAAAGCAAGUCCGUACCAGACGAAGCAUGUUCUACACUUCAAGUUGAGGAUCAUUUUAUCGACGAUUGGGAUUCGGAUGGUACUUUUGGUGAUGACUAG